GUCCAGCCCCCGGGGCGCCCCUGGAUGGCUGAACUGCCCCCUUGCCGGCCGCCCGGGCGCCGCAGCGGCUGAGAUCGCUGGGAUCGCCGGGCCGCCGCCCUCGCCGCCCCCUGCAUGCCCGGCGCCCGGGUCGCGGCCCACCUGGACGCGCUGGGCCCCCUGGUCCCCUACGUGCCGCCGUCUCUGCUGCCCUCUAUGUUCUACGUGGGCCUGUUUUUCGUCAAUGUGCUGAUCCUAUACUACGCCUUCCUCAUGGAGUACAUUGUCCUCAACGUGGGCCUCGUCUUCCUGCCCGAGGACAUGGACCAGGCGCUCGUGGACCUCGGAGUGCUCUCCGACCCCGGCUCGGGCCUCUACGAUGCCGACUCCGAGCUCGAUGUCUUCGAUGGUUACUUGGAGUAGGCUUGGCUACCGUCCUCCCCUCCCCCCAACGACCCGCACCCUUCGGCCUGGACCAGCCGCCCAAAUCAUGCCGCCGCUGCUGGUUGGGGGCAUCGUCGGGCCAGGGAUGGGAUCCGCAGGACGAGGCCGUCUCCGGCCUCCAAGACCUGCGUUCUUCCCCCAAAAGCUCCGUGCCAACAGAGAGGUUUCCGUCCGGACCCAGGAGGGUGGGGCGGAGAGAUUGAGACUGAGAGUGGAGGCCCAGAAGGCCUUUGCCCCUGCCCAAGGGGAAAGGCAGGGGCAUCCGAAGACCUCCCCCGCCCACAGCGCCGCACACAUGGCCUUGCCUUGGCUUUUGACCUUUCACAGUUGCGAUGGAUGUUUACAAGAACCCAGCCAGAGUCUGCCUCCCUGCUCUUCAUCCCCGACUGCACUUGCUUCUCCCACUUAAUCUUUCGAGAGGAUACUUCAAACUGCGGACACACACGGAAGCCACUCCCAGCUUCAUCUGAUGCCACUGGAGCCCCCAGCCCGGUCGGGUUGGGCCCGAGGCUGGUCUUAGAUGCAGUGACUAUUUCAGGGAGUAAGUUAGAAGGAAAAGAAGCCACAGAUCAUGUCAGGGGCUGAGGGUCGGGUGUGACUUAACUCAUUUCAAGUUGCUUGUUCUUCAUCAAGUUGCCAGGACUGAUACAUCAUGCCGGGAGAAUGCCACGUUGCUCCUCUGGCCAGAAGUAUUUUUGAAAAUGUGAGUGGUAUGUAUACUUGAUGUUGAUAAACCUGUAAAAGCAAUACUUAGGAGGCUGACUUCUUUCAAUUAAAACAUGUAUGCAACUCCA